UUUGAUAAAACUCUGUCUCUUGUUAUUUUACUUUUAGGAGAAAAUGGAGAAAAUGAAGACCAGCAAGUGGUCUCAGAGAUCAUGGCAAGAUGUUUUUUUCCAUCACUGAUAACAACUACUUCCUGGGAAGGUUUUCAUUUUGCUGGACAUGAGAUAAAAAUUACAGAAGCCACUGAUUGCUAUGGUGCUGUUGUUUGGCCCUCGGCUCUUGUUCUCUGUCACUUUCUGGAAACAAAUUCAAAGCAGUAUGAUCUGACUGACAAAAAUGUAAUUGAAAUUGGAGCUGGGACAGGACUAGUCUCAAUAGUAGCAAGUUUACUUGGUGCUCGAGUGAUUGCUACAGACCUGCCCAAUUUACUUGGAAACCUUCAAUAUAAUGUUUCCCGAAACACCAAAAUGAAAUGCAAACAUCAGCCUGAGGUGAAAGAGUUAUCUUGGGGGAUAGAUUUAGAGAAAAAUUUCCCCAGGUCUUCAAACCAUUUUGACUAUAUCCUAGCCACAGAUGUUGUAUAUUCUCAUCCCUUCCUGGAUGAGCUCCUUACCACCUUUGACCACCUGUGUAAAGACACCACCAUUAUCCUCUGGGUAAUGAAAUUUAGGUUAGAUAAGGAAAACAAAUUUGUGGAUAGAUUUCAGGAAUUGUUUGAGAUGGAAGAAAUUUCUAAUUUCCCUAGUUUGAACAUCAAAUUGUAUAAAGCAAUGAAGAAAAAAAGGUAGGAGAGCCCAGAUAAGGAUCUGAAGAUGCUGCCAAUGUAUAUUCAAGUAGAGAAGGGAAGGGAGCAAAAUUCAUUUUUCAUUUGCCUAUAAUCUAUUCUUCUGCUUCAUUUCCUUUCAUUUAUUUCUAAACACUCUGCAAUUUGGCUUCUAACCUCAUCACUUAAUUGAAAUUGUUUUCUGCAAAGAUUCCAGUGAUCUCUGAAUUGCCCAAUCAAAUGGUUUGUUCUCAAUCCUGAUUCCUGACUUCUCUGAAGCAUUUGCUAUCAUUGAUUACUUUCUCUUGGAUGCUUUUUUCUCUAAGUUUUUGUGAUAUUGCUCUCUCUCCUUCUGUCUGACCUCAUAUUUAUUUGACAGUCUCCUUUGCUACUUCUUUAUCCAUGUCAUGCCUCCACUAAUCAUGGGUGUUCUUCCAAACUGUCCUGGGUUGCCCUCUUCUUUUUCUAUGUACCAAGAUGUCUUAAUCUAGGGCUCAUUAAAUUAUUUAAAGACAUUUUGAAAACUUUUUAAUAUAAUUGAUAUCCUUUUUAAUCCUAUGUAUAUUCUAUUUCAUGCAUUUGAAAACAUUAUUCUGAUAAAUGGUCCAAAGGUGUUAUCCCUUUCUAAAGGGGUCCAAUAAUAUGGAAAAAAGAAAAGUUUAAGAAUUUCUGCUUUUUCACUUUGUGAUUUCAAUUCAAUAAUCAUAUCUUUUCAGAUGGUUUCUGGCUUCCAGAAGGACAUACACAGCUCCUUCCAGAUUUCCUUAGCUUCCUUAAAUACACAAUUUGAAGUUUUCCUUUUUUAGGAGGUCUUUCCAGUCCCCACUCCUACUCUAGUUAUGCAUAGCCUUGCCUUUUGAACUGCCUUCAUCUACUCUGUUAGAUGUCUUGCGUGUGCCUAAUUAUUUACAUGUGGUAUCCCUCAUUACAAUGGAAGCUAAUUUGAGAGUAGAUGUUAUGAGGAGGGAAGUCUUUCAUGGUAUUUCCAUUGUUGAUCACAGUGCCUGGCACACAAAAACCAUUUGUUUUUACUUUUC